AUGUAUCGCCAAGUCAACAUUACCGAAAGGCAAAGGAAUUUACAGCGGAUCUUAUGGAGAUCAAGCAGCGACGGGCCUGUCCAAGCAUAUACGCUAAAUACGGUAACAUACGGAAUAAUAGCGGCACCGUUCAUGGUAAUUAGAGCAUUACAACAGACAGCGCAUAACGCACAUGUAUCUCACCCAGACGCGGCUCGAGUGAUCCUACGCGAUUUUUACGUCGAUGACCUUCUGACCGGUCACGAUGACCUAGAUCAACUUCGAGUACUCAAGGACGAAAUCACGUCGGUGUUGAAAUCUGGCGGUUUCGAAUUGGCAAAAUGGAGGUCCAACGAGCCAACGUUAUUUAAGCAUGACAUCGAAGACGCGGUGAGAAUCAGUCCCAGUGAAGAAGAGGUCAAAACCCUUGGCCUGCUUUGGAAACCUAAUCGCGACAGUUUACAAUAUCAAGUUAUCAUACCCCGUAUCAGCUCCAAGGUGACGAAGCGUACAGUGCUAUCCGUCAUAGCGCAAAUAUUCGAUCCGUUGGGGUUGGUCGGACCGGCCACGGUCAAGGCAAAAUUACUUCUACAACGGCUGUGGCAGCGCAACAUAGAUUGGGACGAAUCAUUGCCUCAGGAUCUACAUCAUAAAUGGAUUGCAUACGUCGCAGAAUUGGAAUCCCUCAAUGACAUCGUCGUCCCUCGAGUCAUCAUUUGUCCUAACCCUGAACUCGUAGAGUUGCAUGGGUUUUCAGAUGCAUCGGAAGGCGCUUAUGGCGCUUGUGUUUAUCUGCAAUCAAUCAGCAGAGAGGGUGUCGUCACCAUCCGCUUGAUUUGUGCAAAAUCUAAAGUGGCCCCACUCAAGACUAUCUGCAUCCCACGCCUGGAAUUAUGUGGAGCUUUGUUGCUGUCGAACUUAGCGAAAUCGGUGUUACAGGCGCUUACUAUACCAUUAACGAACAGAUAUUAUUGGUGUGACUCUACAAUCGUACUGGCGUGGAUCCGUGGCGAGCCUCACCUUCGAAAAACUUUCGUAGCUAAUCGACUGACUGAAAUUCAGCAGAUGACGGAUCAAGAACAAUGGCAUUAUGUCAAGUCAGAACAUAACCCGGCGGAUGUAAUUUCGCGGGGAAUCAGCCCCAAGCAGCUAAAGGAUUUGCAUCUUUGGUGA